AUGUUACCACUUUUCCAGCUUCAAUCCCUUAUUACGGAUUCAUUCCAUGAUAAAGGAUUUCAGAAAAUAAAAGACUAUCUUCAGAAAGAGGACCAAUUUCCUCAAAAAUAUAAUCAUCUCCUCUUACACCAUCUUGACAGAUCACUAAAUAAGGAACUGGAUAGAAAUGAAUUUCUGCAUGUUUCACUGUUGCUAAAAUGCCUUCAGCGAUUCUUCAGAGAUGAUAUCAGCGAAGACCAGCCUUUGCUAAUUCAGCAGGGAUUGAUCCCGAAGAUGGCCUCCUGGCUUGAAAGAAUCUUAGGGUUUCUGACCAUGGAAGACCUCCCUUCAGACACGUGGCUGAUGAGUGUAAUGGAGGACUUCUUGGACAGCCUGCUGAUUAUUUGCAAGAGUAGUAGUGAUGAAGGAAAAGUUCAGAUAUUGGAUUUCUUCCUAAGUGGCUUAGGAUUCUUGGUGGCAGAAAAAACCAUGAAUCACUCGAUUCAGCAGCAGGCUCUGGGGACUUUGAACUGCAUGUUGGAUGCUACACCUCGGGAAGAGAGGAGAACGCUGUGUUUAUCAGAAGGCGCCCAUGGUCUUAUGCUGGACUUUGCAAGGACAAUGCUGACUGUGGGUGACUACAGCCAUCAGGUGUCUCUUUCUGAGGCAUUGUGUAGAAUGACCACCAAAGCCUCGAGGGAUGAUGUGGUCCACCAGUGGUUUGAGGAUGAGGCCCUUGCUGAGGCUUUCAAAAGAAUUAAGGGCCAGGAAUUUGAGACGGAUAUCCGACAGUUUCUCAAUCACUUAAACAACAAACUUGGUGACAAAAGAAGGGUCUAUUCAUUUCCAUGCAUUGCUGCUUUUGCGGAUGAGCAUGAGAUGAGAAAACCAGCGGAUGAGAACUUAGAGAAAUUUUGGAUUGAUUUCAACCUAGGAAGUGAGAGUGUGACUUUUUAUAUACACAAUGCUGAGACUCCUCUGUGGGACACAGUUAGUCUUCAGAAGGAAGACGUGGUUAAUUUCAGCAUCAUAGAAACUGAGAUGAUGAAGAUACUCCUUGUGAACUUGAAGAAGCCACUUAUUAUCAACAAGAAAGAAGUGAUGAAAAUAGAAAUUCAUUUUGAUGUGCUGUUUGACAUAUCACAAGCAACCAUUCAAGCUUUAGGGGAAGACAAGCAGAACUUGCCUGAACAGGUAGAAACCUCAGAACUUUCCAGUAAGCUCAAGAAAGAAGACAAUGAGAGGCCUAAUGGCAGUGCAAGAGAAACUGAGCCAGCAGAAGAAUCCACGGACCUGGGAGAGUUUGGGGGUACUAGAGAGGACCGCUGCCUCUUAACACUCCCCUGGGGCCAGCAGCCUGAGACUCAGGUAUAUUCUUCAAAGGUACAAGAAGCAUCAGUUCAAAGCCAGGCUUCUGCAUUAGAUGACAAAUCCAGGGAAGACUCUGCUUUUGAGAGGGACCGAAAGCAAGAAAGAAGGAAGUCGGUAAUGUUCUUACUGAAAAGCAGUGUUUGUAAAAAGUCUAAUUACAGGAAACAUCUGUUCUCUGAUGGCAGUGAAGAUUCAAGUUCUAGUCCCAGUGAAAAAUUUUGGACCGAUAACAGCAAAAGGAGACACCUAAAACCAUACUCAAGGAAAAGAAAGUCAAGAGUCAACCGCAACAUGAGAAUCUUGCCGCUUUCCCCCGUCGACAGUGGCAGUGAUCUCGAGAAAUACCGAGUAAGUAAAUGUUAUUGGGCGGCUCUGGGCCCUUAUGGAUCCAACUGCAUUUAUUUCCAAACCAAAAUGCAGGAUAAUCUGAGAAGGCAAGAGCAACAAAUCAAUGGCUCACUGGCUAACAUUCUGACACCAGUAUGGAAAAGCAUCCCUAUACAAAACAAUUCCACAUCUCCUCAAACUUCUGAAACAAAACCCCAAGGCAAUUCUGCCUUCUUAACUCCUGCAGAUUCUGCACAGAAAGUUGACCUUCAAAGUCCCUACCUGCUUAGAGAUGGUUCUUCCUUAGAAGAUUCAAGAGUUGAAGAAAAUGUGUCUCAGAUUGUGAGCCAAGACCUAUUAGUGGAAAACGCUGCCUUAAAACAUAAGCUGCAAAACUUGGAAGACAGAGACAUGCCAGAUGGGAGUUUGGUUAAGCCAAAGCAGUCAAGAUGGGCAGAAGAUGCUCCGGGAUCCCCCACUUUGGAAGGCAUCUUUCCUUCAUCCUCAGAAGAAGAGCUAGAGCACUUGAAUGGUUCUGCCUUUGUAGUAGCCCUGGAAAACUUCACUAGUGAAAUGAAAAAAAGACAUGAGCUUAGGCACAGAAUGAGUCCAUCUUAUUUAGAAAAGGCAAAGAAAGCACCGGAUUGCCUAAGAAGAGUUUUAAACCAGAUAUCCCUGUGCAGACUGAACAAACUAGAGACGUUUCACAGUUCUGUUCUUCAAGAGUUCAGAGAUCUGGAAAAGGAUAUUCAGGCUCUAAAACUCCUUGAGAAGGAGGUGCUGGAGUUUUGGAGGAGACAGUCUGCAGAUCUGAAGCCAUUUUGUGAUCAUCAAGUGAUAAGAUUGAGAAUGUUAUCUGCAGCCCAUGUGAGGAAUGGAGUCUGCUCCUCUGUUCCUACUCUGGGGAAAGCCCUCGUGUUCUCCCCCUGCUUGAAUCAUCAGAAGGAUCCCUACAGAACUUGUAAUGAGAGGAACGUGCUUUCCCAGCCAAGGGCAGCAUGA